AACCGACCGAGCUAGCCCGGAUGGGCUCAGACUCGUCGCGAGCUGGCUCGUUCGGCCCGUUUUUAUUUGGUCUUUUAUUUUUUCAGCCCAGCUCGAUAAAAAACGAGCCAACCGCGAGCCAGCUUGCGAGCCUGGCUCAUUUUGACGUCACUAGCUGAUACUGCAGACCAAACCGGUUAACCGGCAAGAACCGGGAGAGGAAUCUCAUCACUGAGUGGGUCGGCUCAAUGGUCACGAACGGAGACACCAGAAGAGUCAUUGAUCCGAAACUGUACAGCGACUUCGAUAUCAACUCGAUCUGGAAAGCUGUCGAGCUAACAUGAAUCAUGUUGUCAUGGAAUUGAACGAGUGUUUGGCCUUGGAAAUGGCAAGGACCCGGGACAGGACCGAGACAGGUUACUAUGAAGACUCUGUUGAUAUGAGCAUGAAUUAUUCCAACCCUUCAGCUCGCUGAACUUAGUGAUUUUUCAUUGGAACGACCAAGAUCCAUAAAUCUCCAUGCUUUGUCUCUACCAUAACUAGUAGCGUUUUUCUUGAAAACCCAGAAACACUGUUUGGAUAUUGAAGGAGUGAAAGUGAGAAAGGGUUUGUGCUCCAAAAAAGACAACCUUUGAUCUUGUGUGUCACCGUGAAUAAAUUGCUUUUUUUUGGUAAUAAAACCAUUGACCUCUGUGCAUAGAAUUUCCCAAAAGAUUAGAUCUUUCUGCAAAGGUAAACCUUUUUUCAAUGAUCUCUGGUGCAUCUCCGGAUUAGGGAUUUCUCAUCGUCGUUACUGAUUCGAACUGUGAGAGGUUGCACUCUGUUGCAAAACAGUUGUCGACCCUUCGACAACGAUGUUUGCAUCAGAGAACCCAGACUCCGAUGCCUGAAAUCGGAUGGUUUUAGGGAUCGAGAAGAAGAGAGAUCGAUUGCAAAAACAAGGGUUUGCGCAAGGUUUUUAUUUGGAGGUGGGUAUUCCAGGAAGAGGAGGAUCAAUGACUGAUGAUGGGAUUUCCCGGCAAUUGCGGCGGAGGAAUUUACCGGCGGCAUCCGCUUUCCGCCGACAAGUCACCGGAGAAGUGAGGAGUUGCGGUUUGCAAGUUUCCUCACGAUCUCACCAUUUUUUCAAGAUCUGCAACCACUGAACCAAGGCUCCGGCAUGUCUAUUCUGAUUCAAGGUUUUUCCAACACAUUUGUUCGUGGGCACUUCUCAGGUGUGAUGAUCCAAGAAGAGGAACUCUUCCCCGCAGCUUGGAACAUAACUCAAUCCUGUCGUCUGACAGAAAGAGGGGAUGAAGCCUGUUUCAUCUGUCUGAAAGAACAGAGAAGAUGGCGCCAAAGUCUUUCAUCUCGACGUUUCUUUGCUGUUUGGCUCUCAUCAAUCUCACCAGAUGCCAGGAUCAAACAGGAUUCAUUAGCAUAGAUUGUGGAUUACAGCCGGAAAAUUCAACCUACGACGAAAACUCGACGGGCAUACAAUAUGUUUCGGAUUCACAGUUCACGGACACAGGAAUCAGCAUGAUCGUGGCUCCUGAGUACAGAGCAACUGCGACUGUGGCCAUGGAGUCUCUUCGAAGUUUUCCCGAGGGAGCCAGAAACUGUUACACUCUUCCAGUCAAUACCACCACCAAGUACUUGAUACGAGCAAGAUUUGCAUAUGGAAACUACGAUUCAAGAAACGAGAUACCGGAAUUCGAUCUUCACCUGGGUCCAAAUAAGUGGGACACUGUCAAAUUGGAUUCUGUUUCUCAAUUCGAAUCCAAGGAGAUCAUACAUUAUGCCUCGUCGGAAACUUUACAGGUGUGUUUAGUGAACACUGGUCGGGGCACACCUUUCAUAUCUGCAUUGGAACUUCGUCCGUUACCGAAUUCAUCGUAUGCAGCUAAAUCCGGUUCCCUCCAGCUCUUUGCACGCUUGGAUUUCGGUUCUACAACGAAUCAAUCAGUCAGGUACCCUGAUGAUGUUUUUGACCGUAUUUGGCUUCCCUAUAUUCCAGAAGGAUCGAAGCAGUUGAGUAGCUCGAAUACCGUCCUCUCUGGCAACAAUAGCUUCCGAAUUCCGCAGGUUGUCAUGAGAGGUGCAGCCAUUCCGGCUAAUGCUACAGACACUCUAGGCUUUGCUUGGUCUCCCGAUGAUCCUUCGCUCGAGUUUUACGUCUACUUCUACUUUGCGGAACUCCAAGAACUGAAUUCCAACCAAAGAAGAGAAACAGUGAUUUUGUUAAACGGGAAACUUUUCUACGGACCAUUGACUCUUAAUUACUUACGGACGACUGUCCUGUACACGCUAUCGCCUUUGAAAGAUCAAAGCUUCGAUUUUUCCGUGGUUCAGACACAGAACUCAACUCUCCCACCACUUAUCAAUGCCAUGGAGGUUUACUUUGCUAAUAAACUCCCUGAGUCUCCCACCGAUCAGAAUGAUCUUGUUGCUAUCAUGAAUAUUAAAUCUGCAUAUCGGAUCAAGAAGAGCAACUGGCAAGGAGAUCCAUGCAUGCCUCGAGCCUACUCGUGGGAUGGGAUAACUUGCAGUUACGACAAUGGUACAGUCUCGCCUAGAAUCGUAGCCCUGAACUUGUCAUCUUCUGGAUUGGCAGGAGUGAUAGUUCCCGAUAUAUCACGUCUCGAACGAUUACAAGUUCUGGACUUGUCAAAUAACAAUCUGUCUGGACCUGUACCGGCUUUCCUAGCUCAACUUCAAUUUCUGAGGAUCCUAGAUUUGUCAAACAAUCAGCUUACGGGUCCUAUACCGUCUGAGCUCGUUGCAAGAACAAGGGAUGGCUUGUCAUUACGUCUCAUUGGAAAUCCUAGUGUUUGCUCGGUAAGUUCCUGUGAGAUUCUACAAAGCAAGCCCGAGAAGAAGAAGAAACUUCCGAGAUUCGUCAUUCCAUUAUUGGCAUCAGUUGCAGGGUUCUUUCUUCUCGUUUCUGUAUCUACGAUAAUACUGUUUUUCCUCACGAGAAGGCGAAAACGAGGUCAUCCAAUUCAUAGGACAGUCACGGCAACAAGUGGUCCGUCGUUACGUCGGAGAGACACUGCUUCCAUACGUUCAUCGUUGCCGAGGAUAGAGAGUGGAAUGACUGAGUACGAGUUCAAUGAAACAGCUUUAGAUGUGUUAGAUUUGGACAGGACACAGAGGAAGUUCAAGUAUUCUGAAAUCGUAAAUAUCACCAACGGGUUCGAGACAGAUUUAGGGAAGGGAGGUUUCGGGAGAAACUACCACGGAUACUUGGAUAACAAGGAAGUAACCGUGAAACUUCUCUCUUCCUCGACUCCUCAAGGGUAUAAACAACUCCAGGCAGAGGCGAAACAUCUUUUCAGAAUUCAUCACAAAAACCUGAUAACUCUGUUCGGGUAUUGCAACGAAGGCGAUAAAAUGGCCCUCGUAUACGAGCACAUGCCGAAUGGAAACUUGAAACACUACAUCUCAGAGAACAGUACAACAGUCUUUAGCUGGGAAGAUAGGCUCGGGAUCGCGCUGGAUGUCGGGCAGGGGCUUGAGUAUCUUCACUCCGGUUGCAAACCGCCAAUCAUCCACAGAAACGUCAAGUGCACGAACAUAUUCUUGGAUGAAAGAUUCAAUGCCAAGCUAGGCGGGUUCGGGCUUUCGAGAGCGUUUGAUGCGGAAGAGGGAACUCAUCUGAACACAGCUAUCGCGGGCACUCCAGGAUAUGUCGAUCCCGAGUAUUACACCUCGAACAUUCUGACAGAGAAGAGCGAUGUUUACAGCUUCGGGGUCGUGCUCUUAGAGAUCAUAACAGCCAAACCCGCGAUCAUGAGGACGGAAGAGAGGAUGCAUUUAAGCCAAUGGGUCGAAACUCGGCUCUCUACAGGAAACAUCGACGAGGUUAUUGACCCGAAACUCGACGGAGAUUACGACCCAAACUCCGCAUCAAAGGUCAUGGAGGUAGCCGUGGCCUGCGUUUCUCGGAGCUCGAGGGAGAGGCCGACGAUGAGCCAGGCGGUGACUGCUCUGAAAGAGAGUUUGGCUGCAGAAAUCGACCGGAAGAAGAGGAUGCAGACUGUUUCCGAGGAUUCAGUUGAAGAACUUGUGAUUGGCUUUGGAACAAAUCCUAGGUUGAGAUGAUGUUUACUUUAACUGGAUCCAGCUCUUGUUUGUGGUUUGGUCGCUUUUUUUUUUCGGUGAGAUGAUGUUGAUGAAAUUCAUAUAUUGUAUUUAGUUGUUUUCAAUUAUUUUGA